AUGUCUGCCGCCAUAGCUUCCCUCGCUUCGUACGGUAGCGAUUCUGAUUCAGAAAUUGAGUCAGAAUCGAAAACUAGUUCAGAAAAAGUUGACCCAAUGGACCCGGACGCUACGGUUCACCUUAAACCUUUGCAGUCUGGUAAUGUAACAACCUUGGCAGUUCUGAAUUCUGCCCCGGAGGUGGCUGUUAAGGAGUCUGUUGAGACGGGUACUCACCUGGAUCCUACUUUGAAAGAAGUCAGCUAUAACCCCACAUAUGAAACCUUGUUUGCUCCUGAGUUUGGACCAAAGAACCCUUUCCAGACGCAGCAGAUGGCCGCCCCCAGGAACAUGUUAUCUGGUUAUGCCGAACCAGCUCACGUCAACGACUUCAUGUUUGAGCAACAACGAAGGACGUUCUCUACUUAUGGUUACGCUUUAGACCCUUCUGUUGACGCUCAGCAAAUAAGCACAACAAGCUACAUCGGUGCGGUGGACGAGGCUGAGAAAAAUAAAGGACUGACCGUUUUUGAAAGCGGUCAGAAGAAGACAGAGAAAAGGAAGAAGGUGAAAGGGGGAGAAGCUGCAGAUAUUGAUAAUUUCCUUGGGCCGUGGGCCAAAUAUGAAGAUGAGAAAAAUGUGGCCAAACCAACAGAGGAAGAAAAGAAGGACCUGGAGGAAUACCUAGCGAAGAGGCAGAAGAGAGGAAAGAGGGAGGAAGAGUCUCCAGCAGAAGAGAAGACUAUUCUUCACGUCAAAGACAUGUACGACUACCAGGGCAGGUCUUACCUCCACGUUCCGCAGGAUGUUGGCGUCAACCUGCGUUCGCCUGAUGCUCCGGACAAGUGUUACCUGCCGAAGAAACAGAUUCACGUCUGGUCUGGACACACCAAGGGUGUCAGUGCGAUCCGGUUAUUCCCCAGCUCCGGUCAUCUGCUGCUGUCCUGCUCUAUGGACUGUAAGAUCAAGUUGUGGGAGGUUUACGGUGAGAGGAGGUGUCUUAGGACGUUUAUUGGUCACAGCAAAGCCGUGCGAGACAUCUGCUUCAACAACACGGGGACUCAGUUCCUCAGCGCCGCAUACGACCGCUACAUUAAACUGUGGGACUCUGAGACAGGCCAGUGCAUCUCGCGCUUCACCAACAGGAAGGUGCCAUACUGUGUCAAGUUCAACCCAGACGAAGACAAACAGAACCUGUUUGUGGCCGGCAUGUCGGAUAAGAAGAUUGUUCAGUGGGACAUCAGGACAGGAGAGGUGGUUCAGGAGUACGACCGCCACCUGGGCGCCGUCAACACCAUCACCUUUGUGGAUGAGAACCGACGUUUUGUCAGCACGUCAGACGACAAGAGUCUUCGAGUUUGGGAGUGGGACAUCCCUGUGGAUUUCAAGUACAUCGCCGAGCCAAGUAUGCACUCCAUGCCGGCUGUGACUCUUUCUCCCAACGGUAAAUGGUUGGCGUGUCAGUCCAUGGACAACCAGAUUCUGAUCUUUGGAGCCCAAAAUCGCUUCAGACUGAACAAAAAGAAAAUCUUCAAAGGCCACAUGGUGGCUGGUUAUGCGUGCCAGGUGGACUUCUCCCCCGACAUGAGCUACGUGGUCUCAGGGGAUGCAGAUGGGAAGCUCAACAUCUGGGACUGGAAGACCACCAAGCUGUACCACAGGAUCAAGGCUCACGACAAGGUGUGCAUCAGCGCCCUGUGGCACCCGCACGAAACCUCCAAGGUCAUCACCUGCGGGUGGGACGGGCAGAUCAAACUCUGGGACUGAACACGGCUCCGGUUACGUCCGUUUGGGGGCAUUUUCCUAAAGUACAGAGCAGUUUGGUGUGAAACGAGCGAAAGCAAAGGACUGGUAUCCAGUCUUCUUGUUUUUAUUUUUUUAAAUUCAUUAAUUCACAAAAUUCCAACAGUUUCACUUGUAAUAAUGUGAAAGUUAAAUAUCUUUAGUAUUUGGAAUUUGGUAUUUUAUUCCGAUUGUGGCGUCCUAUCCUGUUCGCUUUAUCUGUUUUUGGUCAAGAAGUUUUCAUCAUAAUUUGUGGAAAUAAACAAUGUGUACAUUUUA